AUGGGUCAGUUGACUCGCAAACGCAAACGUGGAUCCACUGGCGCUACCGAUGCUGACACGCCCUCCACGAUGUCCAGCACUCAACGCACGACACCACCGGCUCUCAGGACAACCAAUGGCAACACAUCGGACGUGGAGACGGUUCGCACCGACGAUGACGGACCCAAUCAUCGCAUGUCUUCGGCCGCCAACCUGUCCAUCGAUGUGACGCUCGACAAGAGUCAGUCGCAGACACAACACCUCGUGAUUGACAGUCAGCCCAACGUUGACAGCGAUGACGGUGUCGAUGAGAUACUGUCUCAGAGGGCGCCCCCAGAGCCCAUCGCACAACCCAUGGAUCAAGACGUGGAUCCGAUGGACGACAACGAGGAGGACAUGGAUAUGAGUAACCGUUGGGGCGAUGACUACGAGGGGCCGUCGUUUAGCGGUCCGACUGAGACUCAGGUGCACCGGAAGGUCAACGAACACACCGCCGAAGCCGAACAGAGGGCUAAACUGAAUGUCGCCGAAUGCGGUGCCAUUGAGUCCAUAACUCUCCAGAACUUCAUGUGUCACUCGAACUUCUACAUGGAUUUCGGUCCGCGCAUAAACUUCAUCGUCGGUCGCAAUGGCAGCGGCAAGAGUGCGAUACUGACGGCCGUAGUGCUGGGACUGGGAGGUCGGGCGGCGACCACAUCCCGGGGCAAAGGCAUCGCAUCAUUCAUAAAGAGCGGCGAAUCGCAGGCGAAGAUAAUCCUGAAGAUCUGCAACUCGAACGACGCGUUGGGCGGCAAAAGGGGUUAUAAUGCCGACCACUACGGGAAGUCCAUCAUAAUUGAGCGCACAAUCAACGCGAGCGGUGCCUCCAGUUAUAAGCUUAAGUCGGCGGCCGGUAAGCUCGUGGCCGACCGCAAGGAACAGUUGGAUUCGAUGAUCCGCUACUUCAACAUACAGGUGGAUAACCCAAUCUGUGUGUUGAAUCAGGAGGUGUCGCGAAACUUCCUGAACACCAAGAACUCGAGGGAUAAGUACACGUUCUUCAUGAAGGCUACGCUUCUGGAGGACGUGAAGAACGAUUACGCGGCCGCUGAGACGCACCGGACUAUAUCGCAGAAGAUCUUGGACCAGAAGAAGGCAGUGAUUCCCGACACCACUCGUGAUCUCAAGGAAUUGGAGCGAAAGGUGAAGAUGUUUAACGACUUGGAGAACCAUAAGGAGAGGUUCGCGCGACUCAAUGGUGAGGCCCUGUGGGCGCUCGUCAACGAGCAAAAGGCGGCCUUUGAAGACGUGAGGGCACAGGUAGUCGUGUUUGAGAAGCGAGUGGAGACUCAGUUGCGGAAAGUGGAUGAGGAGAAGGCGGCGAUCGCGCAGUUAGACACCGAUAAGACGGACACUAUGGCGCGUAUGAACUCAUUGCUCGAAGACGUGAAUCAGACAAAUGAUGCGCUCGAAGAGCUUAAGACGCAAGUGAAUGAUAUUAAAGAAAAGAUUAGGACUAAGGAAAGGGAUGAGAGGAGUGUCACCACUGAGCGCAAUGUCACCACUAAUGAUAUUAAGAAUAUCGAGAAAAAGAUCAAAGGAUAUGAACAGCAGUUCAGUAAUGAGAGCCACAACCGAAGGAAAGCCGAUAUUUCGAGCCUUAAGGAGGAAAUGGACGGUUUGAAAGCAGAGGAACAAACACUUCUGCAACAGUUCCAAGAGUUGGAUCAAUCGAUGCAAGCGUUGGCCGAUAAAGGGCUGGCAAUGACACAGGAGAGGAAUGGGUUGGGAGGCGCUAUCGCCGGCAAACAGCGUGACAUUCAGCGCCUGAAUCAGAGCCGCGAGGAUCAGCUCAAGAAGUUUGGCCCCAAAUACCCAGAACUAGUGAAACGCAUCGAUGAGGCGCACCGGAGGGGUGUGUUUAAGCAGAAGCCGUUGGGUCCGAUCGGGAAUCACAUAAAACUAAAGGACUACUCGUGCGCACUGGCCGUCGAGUUGUGUCUCAAAGGCCUGAUAUAUGCCUUUUGUUGCGAUAAUAUGGACGACAAGAGACAAUUGGAUGAUAUAAUCAAACGAGUGUUCGGUGAGCAACGAAAGCCACCGAUAGUGACCCGACCUUUCGGGCGCCGACACGACGUGAGCCAACACUGCGUCCGUAGCGCUGACUACAAGAGUCUGUUUGAGUUAAUGGAGAUGAAAGAGGACGCGAUCGCCAACUGUGUCAUCGAUCAGUGUCGCGUCGAACAGAUUCUCUAUAUUCCCGACUAUACGGCCGCCGAAGAGCUACUCAUGAGUAGAGAGACAUCGCCGAUGAACUGCUAUCAGGCGUACACAUCGGACGGGUGUGUGAUGUUUCCGCAAACGCGUGGCUCGGAUUACAAGUCGUACGCCAAUCGUAACAAACGAAACGCCAAUAUAUUGAUGAAAAACGUGGACCAAAUGGUGGAUCAGUUGAUGAAAGAGGUGAAUGAGAUGAAUGAGAGGCUCCAGAAGUCGGAGCAGACGCUCCAGAGUCACAGACAAGCGAUGGAUAAUAAGAAGCGAGAGAUGAAUGAGUUGGACAAACGUAAGAAGCAGAUCCGCACGGAGACCAUCAAUAAGGAUAGGAAACUGAAGGAAUUGGAAUCCAUUGGUGACUCACCGCCAGUGGAGAUAUCGACUCUCGAGGAAGAGCUGCAGACGUUUGGCGCGAAGUUGUCUGAACUCGAAGAGCGCAGGAAAGUGGUUCAGGAAGAGUUGGAAGCGCUGAAAGUGGAGUACCAGGGAUUGGACGCACAGAUGACCACAAAGAAGCAAGAAAAAGAUGAUUUGUUGGAUUCGAGGCCACCGCUGAAGUCGCGUCUGGAGGCCAUCAAAACAAAGAUAGCGAACCACACGCUGGCGCUCAAGGAAUACGAGCGCAAAAUGGCGGACACGGAGGCGCUGAAGACUGCCGAGGAGGAGAAGAUGGCGGUCAGGGAACAGGAGUUCGAAAACGGAAAGCAAGAGGCAAUGAAACAGACGGGCGAAGAGAUGCGGACGCGGAGGUCGUCGAAGACUGUGGUGAAUGAGAUAAAACAGUUGCAGAAGUUUCUGGACCAACAGGAGAGCAGUAUUGGCCAAAAGGAUCAGAUCUACAGACAAUACAAAGAGUUGUCCACUCAUUACAAGAGGAUUAAGACGGAAGUGAAUGACACGGAAAGGCAUUUAAGGCAUCUGAAGAAGUCGCUGGACCUGCGACGGCGCGGUUACGUAGAGCUCAGGAACUUCUACUCAAUGAUGACGAAGAUCUUCUUCUUGGAUAUACUGAAACACAAGGGUUUCUGCGGUUCUCUCGAUAUAUACCACACGCAGAGGGAAGUGAACGGAGAGCUCAAGAAGUCGAAGACUUUGGAGAUUAAAGUGAACCCCAAGUCCAUGGACGACAGUCAAGCGCGCAGUAGUCAGAUGUCGACCACCGGUUCCUAUAGCGACACCCGUUCCCUGUCGGGCGGCGAGCGCUCGUACUCGACGGUGGCGUUCAUACUGGCGCUCUGGGAGUCGGCGCAGUCGCCCUUCAAGAUCCUCGACGAAGUGGAUGUGUUCAUGGAUCUCAUGACCCGUAAGAUAUCGUUGGACACUAUGAUUGAGUUCGCGUCCCAGAAGUCGGGCAAACAAUACAUAUUCCUGUCGCCGCUGAAGCUCCAGAACCUGUCCAACCAGGAGCUGAUCCAUAAUCACAAGAAAUGCAUCGAAAUCUCGGAGCGAUAUAUGGCUGACGAGGAAGUGGUGCCACAACCAGAAUUGAGUGCGACCACCGCUGGCCAACAGGUGUGGACCCGACACUACUCGACCAUAUCUAAUGACACGCCGGCGCCCACCGGCAAGUCAAAGGUCGGUGCCGUCCAUAUACUGAAGCAAAUGUUUGGUUACGUUUGGCCUAAAGAUCGACAGGAUUUACGCAAACGAGUCGUCCUAUCCAUGGGUUUAUUAAUCGUCGCAAAGGUGAUCAACGUGGAGGUGCCCUUCAUAUUCAAACACGGCGUCGACCACUUAAACGCGAACGCCGGCAAUGUGUUGGCGCUGACCGACCCGUCCAGUACUGUCAUGACAGUGGCCGCCGCUCUCAUGAUUAGCUAUGGUAUGGCCAGAGCGGGCUCCUCCCUGUUCAAUGAGCUCCGGAAUGCCGUGUUUGCCAAAGUGGCGCACGACUCCAUACGCCGUGUGGCCAACAAUGUGUUCACUCAUUUGCAUCAAAUGGAUCUCAACUUUCAUUUGAAUCGACAGACGGGCGCUCUCUCUAAGGCCAUCGAUAGGGGCACCCGUGGCAUCAAUUUCGUGUUGAGUGCACUGGUAUUCAAUGUGGUGCCGACCAUAUUCGAGGUGGCCCUGGUCAGUAGUAUUAUGUACUAUAAGUUUGGCGGAGAGUUCGCCGCCAUAACACUGGGCUGUAUCGGAGCCUACACUGCAUUCACGUUAGGCAUCACUCAAUGGAGGACUAAAUUCCGGGUUCACAUGAAUAGAGCGGAGAACGAGUCCGGAAAUCAAGCCAUCGAUUCACUCAUUAAUUACGAAACCGUUAAAUACUUUAAUAACGAGUCAUAUGAGGCCAAGAAGUAUGACUCUCUGCUUAAGAAGUAUACGGACGCCUCGCUUAAGACGACCACCAGUUUAGCGCUUCUCAACUUCGGUCAAAACGCCAUUUUUAGUGCCUCUUUGGCCGCUAUUAUGAUACUGUCGGCCAAAGGCAUUGUCGCCGGAAACAUGACUGUCGGCGAUCUGGUUAUGGUUAACGGUCUGUUGUUUCAGUUAUCACUGCCAUUAAACUUCUUGGGAUCCGUUUACCGAGAGAUUAGACAAUCACUAAUUGAUAUGCAGACUAUGUUUAAUCUGUUAAGCCUUCAGACAUCUGUUAAGGAGAAGCCCAAUGCACCGGCCCUUAUACUGACGCACAAGGAGGCGGUCGUGAGGUUUGAAAACGUGUACUUCGAGUACGUGAAGGAUCAGCCGAUUCUGAAUAACCUGUCGUUUGAAGUGCCGGCCGGCAAAUGGAUAGCACUGGUGGGCAGCAGUGGUUCGGGAAAGUCGACAAUCGUUCGCCUCCUCUACCGGUUCUUUGACCCACAAAAGGGCCGAAUACUCAUCAAUGGGAACGACAUCCGCGACUACAGCCUGGAUAGCCUGCGCCGCACGAUAGCUAUUGUACCGCAAGACACCGUACUCUUCAAUAACACCAUUAAAUAUAAUAUAAAUUACGGAGACUUUGCUAAGAGUGAGGAACAGGUGUAUGAGGUGUCGGAGAUGGCAGAGCUGCACGACUCCAUACAGCGCUGGCCCGAGAAGUACGAGACCCGAGUAGGGGAAAGGGGUCUCAAGUUGAGCGGCGGUGAGAAGCAGAGGGUCGCCAUUGCUAGGGCUGUGCUUAAGGACAGCCCUAUUCUGGUGUUCGAUGAGGCGACCUCUUCACUCGACUCCAUCACCGAAUAUAAAAUAAUGACAGCAUUGCAUAGAGCGACACAAAACCGGACGGCUAUAGGAAUCGCUCACCGAUUGUCUACUGUUGUGAACGCCGACAAUAUCUAUGUCUUAUCCGAUGGCCGAGUGGUGGAGAGCGGCAACCAUUUCAACCUCGUGUCCAAAUCGGACAGUCUUUACGCCAAUCUGUGGGCAAAACAGCACCAAAUCGAUCGGGAAUUACAGACCAAACAAAUGCACGAAAAUGUGUUGAAUUAGAGCAAAUGUUUGUUAAAUUUAGACUCAAUUUGUGAGGUUUUCUAAUAUA